UUCAGUCACCACUGUCUGGACAAUGCAGUAGUCACUCCCUUCUGAAAAAGUCUCUUGUCAUAUUUAAAUCCUAUUCCUAACCUAAGAUUUUUUAAAAAUAAUAACAUUAACAAUUUGCAAUAAAUAAAUUAUCAUCAACCAUCCCAUUCAUGUCGUCUAUGACCUUUGGCCAAAAACUAUUUCAGCCGUCGCCGCCCCAAAAGGGCAGUUUCCCCUUGGACCACGAAGGCCUGUGCAAACAAUCCAUGAUCGCUUACAUGAAGUGUUUGGCCAAAGAGGACAGCAAGAAUUCCGCUUGCAGAUUAGAAUCCAAAGAAUACCUUGAUUGCCGCAUGAAAAACAAUCUCAUGACUAAAGAAGAGUGGUCUAAAUUGGGCUUUUCAGACUUGGUUGAAAAACAAUAAAUAUGGUCAAUAUUCUCAUCGGGUGCACUGGCAGCGUUGCCACAAUCAAACUUCCUCAAUUACUAAACGAUUUAUUUAUUUUAUUUGAUCAAAAAAAAGUUCCAAUUGGGCUAAGGGUUGUAACAACUGAAAGCGCAAAGCAUUUUUUCGAUGACAAGGAAAUUCCAGAGAGGGUAGACAUAUUUUCAGAUUCAGACGAAUGGAAUGCUUGGCAAAAACGCGGGGAUGAUGUAUUGCACAUCGAAUUAGCCAAAUGGGCAGAUUUAUUUCUAAUUGCCCCACUUGAUGCUAAUAGCCUUGCAAAAAUAGCAAAUGGCAUAUGUGACAACCUUCUACUCUGCGCGGUCCGAGCUUGGGACCUCAAAAAACCUCUAAUAUUUUGCCCAGCAAUGAACACCAAAAUGUAUCAGCAUCCCAUCACCCGGACCCAACUGGACACUUUGAAAUCGUGGGGUUACAUAGAAAUUCCUGUGAUAGAAAAAACACUUAUUUGUGGUGAAACUGGUUUAGGUGCCAUGGCUGAGAUUUCAACUAUAAUUGAGAUUGUUACUAGGAUAAUAUUGUAAUAUAAAUAAACAUAAUAAUUAGCAAUAAAAAUAGUAUAUUGUUGUAUUAGGAGUAGAAGCUUCAAGUUUUUUU